AAGGACAGCUGAACGUUCCAACUGGUUCCCCUCUCUGAACCUUGGAAACCAAAUUGUUUUCGGUUGUAGAUUUGCGAUGUUGACAACCGUUAGCAAAUAUUUUCAGUAACACAAGUUUGAUCGUAAGUUUCCAAAAUGGAAGAUGGAAAUGAAGUUAUCUUACCAGAAACAGUGAAUCCUAGCGAGCAGACAGAAGAUAAAUUGUACCCCCACAUUGAUGAUAGUAGUAAAGACACAAACCUCAAAGUCGAUGAAAACUCGGCGAAAGCAAACUCUUCUGUUGCGCAACUUUCCGGGUUUAAUUUUUGGGAUGUGAACAGCUACAAGAGGACAGUCAAGCGAAUCGAUGAUGGUGCCAAACUUUGUGAUGAUCUUUCGAAACUUUUGGCGGAAAGGGCAGAAAUCGAGGGACUGUAUGCCUCGAAACUACAAGGUUGGAGUAAAAAAUGGAAAGAUUUGAUCCCCAAAAGUGCAGAGUAUGGAUCAGUUAAAGAUUCCUGGCUGAACAUCACCAAUGAAGCUGAUCAGUUGGCAGAAAUUCACAAUGAACUUCAAGUCAGAGUUGAUCGGGUCAAUAGAGAUGUACAGCAAUGGAAGUCUUCAAAUUAUCACAAGUCAUUGCUUAGCUGGAAAGAAACCAAAACUGCAGAGGAGGGUUUCAGUAAAGCUCAGAAACCUUGGGCUAAGAGACAAGAUGAAGUGAUGAAAUGCAAACGGGCAUACUACCAGGCUUCUAAGGUCAGAGAUCAGUCUGAGAAGCUCUACAAGGAGGCUUGUGUGGAGGGGAGUACAGUCACUGAUGAACAAGUGAGAAAGCUUAAGGAUAAAUCAGAUAAAGCUUCAAAUGAUGUUCAAACCGCCAGAGGCAAGUAUCAGGAAAGUCUAAGGGAUAUUGGAAAUUAUAACCCGAAGUAUGUGGAGGAUAUGCGGUUCGUGUUUGAUAAAUGCCAGCAGUCUGAAGAGGAGCGAAAGAACUUCUUUAAACAGACUUUCCUGAACUACUCUCAGCAGUUGUCGCUGUCACCGCAUUUCAACAGGAUGACCAGCAUUUACACUGGUCUCAGUAAAGCAUUUGAAGCAGCAGAUACCUCAGCAGAUAUUUCAUGGUGGUCUAUUAACUUGGGCAUUGAUAUGCCAACAAGAUGGCCAGAAUUUGAGGAAUACACGGGGCAGGAGGAACAAACUGUUACGAUGUUGCAACAACAACAACAACAACAGCAACCAAAACAGACGACUACCAAUCAAACAAAUACAUCGCAAGAAACUCCAGGUUCCCCCAGCGCCAAGAAGAGCUCUGUUUGUUCAACACUGUAAGCCACUCGAAGGGAGAAAUCCUUAUGUAGUUUAUUUGUGUUUAUUCAGUCGGUGUAAGUUCUGACUAAUUGUAGUUUUUUUGUUAAUAAAUAAUUGCCACGCGAAGAAUUUUCUUUUUUAAAAAAAAUAUUUCGUGGAUAGUCGCGAAAAUGCAGUGAUUGAGAUAGGAGAGAGUACAGUCGCUGGAAUAACGUGAUCGUCUUUCUUAAGAGGGCUGUGUCCGGUAACCGUAAUUCUCGUUUCAAGAACCUGAGAGAAAGUUAUCACGAGCCACAUGUGACUCUGCAUUUGGCUUCCCUUCAGGGAAAUGAGUGCGCGCUGAUGCCCCUCUCGGUAGGAUCGACUACGUACCUAAGAAAACGGUAGAAAUCCAACCAUUACGUUCCCUCAACCGGAUAAUCUGACUACGCGUUCAAAUAGUGAGACUCUUUUCAAACGAAAAAAAACAACCUAGCAAGAGAUAGAAGUACGCACGAACUCGCGAAAAGGGACUUUGAGGAAGUCUGAUCAGUAGCAGCCGUUUACCUUUUCAUUAAUCUAUACUUUUAUAUCAUUAACUAAGUUAUCCAUGGCUCCAAACAUGUCACAGCUGAUGCAUGCGCCGAAUCGGAUAACUGCCUCUUCUUACAUAAACAGUAAAUGGUUAUAAGGGAACCUAGACGAGACAUUUUUCUUCGAAAAUUUUUUUUUCUUACUCACACGUGUUAAUAUAGUUAGCGUAGCUGGUGGUUUUGUGUGCAUUUUGCGGUUUCUUGCGCUCACAGCGCUCACAAAACGCCAGCUAUGCAGGCGAAUGUAAAUAGUUUUAUACUCGGUUCCGCUUGUAUUUCAAGUAAACUGGUCACAUAUAUCAACUAUGCCAUACCUGUACAAUAGAUACAGCAUUCAAACUUCCACCCAGGGGCUUUCCUAGGUUGAAAAUUGCAGACGGGUGUGAACAGCCUUAGUAUUCAAUGAACGCUAGAUUAAAGAUCGUUUUUAAGUUAAACAAAUACAAACGAUGGAGCUGAGUUGCUCUAAAGAAAACCAAAGGCUAUAAUAACCGAUAAACUUUUGUGCUUUUUUGUAACCGAAAUAUAUUCGUAAUGCCUCUUGUUGAUGUGACUUUUGUAGAAAGGAGUUCAGUUACUUUGUACGUUAAACGUUUACCAUAUUAGUCUUAUAACAUUUAUUGUAAUUUUUUUUAGUCAUUUAUGUGAAUAAUGUCGAGGGAUCUUUUUAAUGUUGAGUUGAAAUCUUAGCACUUAAAACACAAACAAGUUUAUAUUCAUCUCUCAUCGGACAGUUUGCAAAACUGUGGAUGCGUCAGGUUCAAGUGAUUUGAGAGACCUGUUGUAGCUGGUAGAGGAAGGUAUAUCAUUUACCUUUCAACUCUGACAAGUAUUCCUCUAUUCCAACACUCAUUUUCUAAAAUUAAUGACGCAAAUUUAGUGCUGCAUCACGGUAACAUCUGCCGGUCGAUAUGUUAGUCAAUUCUCGUCCGCUGAAUGUAAUGUAUGUGAUUAGUGUUUGGGAAUCAAAGAGUAUCACUU